AUGAAUGUUUCGAAUGCAACUACGAAACGUCCAUCUACACGUCGUACUUCCUCACUUUCCCGUGACAGUUCACGUCAUCAUCCCCAAUAUUUCCAGUUGCGGCAUACUACAGUUGCUUCAUGUGAUGCAAAUACUUUAUACAAACUAGAUCAAUUAACGUUCGAGAAAAAGCAUAAUCGACGUGAACCAAGCAAAGCUGAAGCAAACUUAAUUUCAAUUUCAAGCACUAAUAGUCAGCAAAUUAAUACAUCUUUUGCAAAAAUUAAACCACGAGAAAAUGUGGUCAAACUCGAAUGCACCGCAAGAAGUUGUUCGUUCCUAGAAGAGAAUAAACGAGAUUUGGACAAGAAAGAUAUCGUCACACAGCUGCAGCAUCUUGCAACAGCACCUCACAAAAUUAAUACUGUCGACAAGAGUACCCGGGGAAACUCUUUCAAGAUUAAAAAUACAUCUUACUGUCAAGGUUUCGCAGGCAGUCCUUCAUCACUGAAGAAAACAUCAAAAAAGGAUGCAAAAACAAAUAAGGCAAAUCCUAGCAGAUUCUUAGCAUAUUCUGGUUGCACAUCACAAGUAAAUGGUGAAACUAAUGCACUCUAUCGCAUCGAAAAUGCCAUUAAUACUAAGCAAAUGGAACAGAAACUUUGGUCCUUAUCAUCGUCAAAAAGGCGAGGAUCUCAAAAAAACUUCACUUAUUUACAACAACGAAAAACAACCAAUGAAGAUCACUUAGAUUACACAUGGUCUUACUUGAACAGAGGAUUUUGCUCUACAGAAGACGAGCUUUAUGAAAAUGUUGACAACCACACAGGACCCCCUGAAACCACAACAAACCCUUUCUCCCCUUACAUUUAUUCGAACAGGCUAUCACUUGGAUAG